AUGCACAAUUAACUUAUAUUUAUCUUUUCCACCUGUCUGAUUUGAUUUUGGGCGAAAACAUUAAGUGAGACACGGACACACAAAGCAGCAUUGGCUAGGGAGUAACCGGUCGGUAGAGCCAGCAACUUCCAACGUGGUUCGCUUGACAAGAUCAUUCUCUUCUGGUCCUUCCUGCUUCUUCUUUUGUUCCUUUCCUUAUUUGCCAAUCCAUUUCCAGUCUGUAUAAUAAAGAAACACGAAACGAAAUCACAACAGGUACUUGAGAGAGAUGGAAGAAGAAUCAGAUAAGCCAACGACUCUGAUACCGCCAUUAACAAGAGACUCACGCCGUUCGCUCGAGGUGUUCAAUCCCUCAACCUACUCCACAACCAGGCCAACCAACAACAACCCAUCUGGCUUCAGCUCCCAUCCCACGUGGCAGAACUGGAAAGAGCCACGUGGCAGCAUACCGGAACCACCGGACCACCAGCUCUCCUCCUCCAAGUCUGGCAGAGCCGAAGAAAUCACUUCAUGGAUGGCUCUCAAGGACCCAACUCCACAACCACCGUCACAACCGCCGCAGACCCAGAAAACCUUAUCUGCAUUCAUCGACGAAAACAAUUCGGUAUCGGGCGAACCGGCGGUUACCGAUACGGCGGCGGUACAGAGAGCAGCCGAGUGGGGAUUGGUGCUGAAAACCGAUACGGAGACCGGAAAGCCACAAGGCGUGUCGGUGAGGAGUUCGAGUGAGGAGGCGAAUAAUAAUGAUAAUAAGGUGGGUACUUCGAGAAGAAACUCGAACAACUCGGUGCGUAGCUCGGGCGAGUUAUCGGACGAUCCGAGAGGGAACAAUUUCAUUCCGAGAGUUUCGGAGGACUUAAAAGAUGCACUAUCGGCUUUUCAACAAACUUUCGUUGUAUCGGAUGCGACCAAACCCGAUUAUCCGAUAAUGUACGCGAGUGCCGGGUUCUUCAAGAUGACCGGUUACACUUCCAAAGAGAUCGUAGGAAGGAAUUGCCGGUUUUUACAGGGUGCAGAUACGGACCCAGAGGAUGUAGCUAAGAUAAGGGAAGCGUUGCAGAGAGGGUCAAGUUACUGUGGAAGAUUGCUCAAUUACAAGAAGGAUGGCACUCCCUUUUGGAAUUUACUCACCAUUUCACCCAUCAAGGACGAUACUGGCAAAGUCCUUAAAUUUAUCGGAAUGCAAGUGGAGGUGAGUAAGCAUACAGAAGGGGCCAAGGAUAAGAUGUUGCGUCCCAAUGGAUUGCCCGAGUCAUUGAUUCGAUAUGAUGCUCGUCAGAAAGAAAGAGCUACUAGUUCAGUAACUGAGCUUGUGCAGGCGGUGAAGAGACCUCGUGCACUCAGUGAGUCAGCAAAUCGUCCCAUCUUCCGAAAAUCGGGAGGUGGCAGGGAAGAGGGAGAGGAGAGAGUUGAAGUUAUAGCAAGGAGAAAUUCAGAGAGUUUUGCUCCACCUAGAAGGAACUCACUCGGGGGUGGUCCAAGAAUUUCAAUGCAGCGUAUCAGUGAGUUGCCUGAAAAGAAAGAGAAAAAAUCUGGUCGCCGUUCUUUAAUGGGGAAAAUUAAGAAAAGCCAACCCGACAGUGAUAUCUUUGACUCUGAGUUUGCUGAGCAUGAUGAUUGGAGUGAUGAAGAUGAUGAUGAGAGUCGUGACAGUGUUGAUGACAACACCAGAAAGAAGGAGAUGAGAAAGGGAAUUGAUCUUGCUACUACACUCGAACGUAUAGAGAAAAACUUUGUCAUUACUGAUCCAAGGCUGCCUGAUAAUCCCAUUAUUUUUGCAUCUGAUAGCUUCCUAGAGCUUACAGAAUAUAGUCGUGAAGAAAUCCUGGGAAGAAAUUGCAGGUUUCUGCAAGGACCUGAAACUGAUCCUGCAACUGUGAGGAAAAUUAGAGAGGCCAUAGACAACCAAACAGAAGUCACUGUCCAGCUCAUUAACUACACGAAGACUGGUAAAAAGUUCUGGAACUUGUUUCAUUUGCAACCUAUGCGUGACCAAAAGGGAGAAGUACAAUACUUUAUUGGGGUACAACUAGAUGGUAGUCAGCAUGUUGAGCCACUUGGCAACUGUAUCCCGGAAGACACUGCAAAAGAGAGUGAAAAACUGGUCAUAUCAACUGCAGAAAAUGUUAACGAGGCAGUGAGAGAACUUCCAGAUGCCAAUUUGAAACCAGAAGAUUUAUGGAUUAACCAUUCCAAGGUAGUUCAUCCAAAACCUCAUAGGAAGGGCACCACCUCUUGGAGUGCUAUCCAAAAGAUUCUAGAUAGUGGAGAGCAGAUAGGAUUGAAACAUUUUCAGCCAAUAAAACCCUUGGGAUGUGGUGAUACUGGGAGGUUUGAUCCUCUUUUUCCAUUCUCCCCCUUAGUUUUGCAGUAAUAAUAAUCUUGGUAU